ACAGCCGCCCAGCGAGCGCGCAGGAGAGGCGACGGCGGCCGGACGUGAGGGGACCGCGUUACUCCUGAAAGAGUCUCCCGUGCGCACCCACUCCGCUGCCGGGCGGCUGGAAUCCGUGAGAUGAGCAGUCACUGUCCCGGGAGUUCGGUAACUGCGGUCAAACCCUCUUCUUCGGGGUGUUGUAGAAGCGCGCGGCGCCAGCUCCUGGACGAAGAGCACUGAACAUCUGUCCAGCUGCCGGGAGGUGGACGGCGAGGUCAGCCGCUGAUCGGCGCUCGCUCUUGCCGGGAUGGUGCCUGUGUGUUCCUGAGGAGCUGCGCUCGGGACACCUGCAAAGACGAAAUGGAAUUUUUUAACUCCACGCCACCCGCGAUCGACGUGGGCUCCGGCAACGACACUGAGCUGUGGACCGCCGCCGGUGCUGAAGUCGCCAGCCGCCGCCCCGUUGGCAGCGAGGACCACCGGUCCCAGCCCGGGGGAAGCCUGCUCGCCGGGGCCGGUGCCGAAGGCGUCGGGACCAGGCUGUGGAUCUACAACGUCACGGGCGAGGAGUCCCCGCCGUUCCUGACCGACGCCUGGCUCGUGCCCUUGUUCUACGCCCUGGUCCUGCUGGUGGGGCUCGUGGGAAAUUCCCUGGUCAUCUACGUCAUCAGCAAGCACAGGCAGAUGAGGACGGCCACUAACUUCUACAUAGCCAACCUGGCGUGUACAGACAUCACCUUCCUGGUGUGCUGCGUGCCCUUCACUGCCACCCUGUACCCCCUGCCCAGCUGGAUCUUCGGGGAGUUCAUGUGCAAGUUUGUCAACUACUUGCAGCAGGUCACUGUGCAGGCCACCUGCAUCACCCUGACGGCCAUGAGCGUGGACCGUUGCUACGCAACCUUAUACCCGCUCCAGUCACUACGGCGCCGUACACCACGUGUUGCCAUGGCAGUCAGCGUUGGGAUAUGGAUCGGCUCCCUGCCUCUGUCGCUGCCCAUGGCCCUGUACCACCGCAUCGAGGUGGGCCUGUGGUACGGCCUGCGCACCUACUGCACGGAGAGGUUCCCCACCGAGGGCCUGCAGAGAGCCUACAUCCUCUACACCUUCCUGGCCGCCUACUUGCUGCCCCUCCUCACCAUCUGCAUCUGCUACACCGUCGUGCUGAAGAGGGUGGCCCGGCCCCUGGUGGAGCCCGCUGACCACAACUACCAGCGGGUGCCAGGGCUGUCGGAGCGCUCGGCGGCGAUGCGCGGGCGCGUGACGCGCAUGGUGGUGGCCAUCGUGCUGCUCUUCACCGUGUGCUGGGGCCCCAUCAUGCUGUUCAUGCUGUGCCAGGGCUUCUACCCCGGGUUCCAGGUGGACUACUACACCUACAAGAUCAAGACCUGGGCCAACUGCAUGAGCUACGCCAACUCAGCCCUCAACCCCAUCGUCUACGCCUUCCUGGGGGAGAGCUUCCGCGCCUCCUUCCGCAAGGCCUUCCCGCUGCUCUUCCGGCGACGGGUGCGGGAC